AUGUUGCUAUUCUCACUCGGCAGAUCAAUCUUGACAGGCUUCGCUCUCACAACGGUUGUUGUACAAGGGGCGAAUCCCAAGUCAACCAUGUUAUGGACUAUCGUCGGCUGUGGCGGCGUUCCUCUCGAUAAUCUGGUCAAUAAUGUGGCUGUGAUGGCGAACGCUGCUGCUACUGAGCUCCGCUGGCUCGCAAAUCCCAACACGAGGUUCGGCAUCGACGACGGUACUCACGACUCGUACGCCUUUAGGAGUGCUAGUCUUCUAUGGGGUGUACAAGAGACGGACAUUAUUCAACACAUGGUCGGCAUGUCGGGAACGCUGAGAGAUGAGGACAGACCCAUCUUGGCUAAGGUGGCAAAUUCUGGUAUCACGCCCAGAAUAUACUAUCCUGGUUCUGACUUUAAUGGCGACGGUAUCAGAAGGGUCACCAAAGAUGCAUCAACUCCCGACGUCUGCGCUGCUAUGGAUGGAAACCAACCCGGCCGCACCGCUGUAUUCGUAAGCCGCCGUGCUGUGGUUUCAGACACGGGGUGGACGGCAAUCUGCAAAUCCUUUUACCAAUAUCCCAAGACCAUCGGCCCCGAUAUCCCUCUAGAUUCUAACGGUCUUAAUGCACUCCGGAGUCAAGGUACCAGUCUGUUACAUGAAUUGAUGCACCUACGAUAUCCGGAUGUGAGAGACAAACUGAUUACAAUCGAGGAAGAAAUACAAGGAAAGGCCUAUGACAUGAAGGCUUGCGCAUACAUUGCUGGCUUAGCACCAGACGGAAGCGGAAGCAAUGAUCGUGCUCAGAGGAACGCGGCUAAUUACAGCCUCUACGCUAGAGCAGCCUACCUCUCUCACCGUCGUUGGAUUCUCUAG